AUGGCUGUGAUGGAGAUCAGUGUUUGGAAAUGUCUCGUUCUAGUCCUUUUCUUCUACUUUGCUAAUGGACGGCUUUCUGAGCUUCGUUACAUUGAAGACCCGAGCCAAACUGGACCGAUCACUGCUGAUGGAAAGGGCUCUGGGCCGUUCUUCAUGGUGACGUUUCCUUCAUUGAUCGAGUCUGGCUCUGAUGCUAAACUGUGUGCUAGUCUUCUGAAGCCCAAAGACCGUUUCACAAUGACCAUUUCUCUGAUCGAUGAGAAAAACACAGAAACCCAACUUGUGCAGCAGACGUCCCGGAGGAAGCUUCACAGAUGUUUUAAUUUCCAGGCUCCUCAUGUAAACGGAGAUUCGGUGCAGACGGUGAGGGUGAUCGUUCAAGGGCAGUCCUUCAAAAUGACUGAAGAGGGUAAAGUGAUGUUCAGGUCUUACAUGCCUCUGACCUUCAUCCAGACAGACAAACCACUCUACAAUCCAGGACAGACAGUGAAUUUCAGAGUUCUUACCAUGAGUGAUAAAUUUGAACCUCAAGACCAAAUGUACAGUCUGGUGGUGGUGGAGAACAAUAAUAAUAUCCGGAUCCAUCAGUGGACAAACAUUUCCUCUACAAACUGGAUAUUGGAGCUUUCUCACAUUCUACACGCAGAAGCUCAGGUUGGGACAUACACACUGAAGGCUUAUAUUGAUGACCGAAUCAUCUCGAAGCGUUUUGAUGUGAAAAAAUAUGUGUUACCCAAGUUUGAUGUGACUGUUAACACACCGCAGAAGUAUAGUGUUGCAGAUGUGGGACUGAGUGUUGAGGCAUGUGGAAAAUACACAUAUGGGCAGCCUGUACCUGGUCAAGUGUUUGUGGAGGUGUGCCGUCAGCGUCGUCCCUACAUUCGGGAUCCUAAAGUGACCAGUGUGUGUCUGAAUGAAACUGGUUUGAUGAAUGAAACUGGCUGUGCUUCUCUUACACUUGGUACAUCAAUGUUUUUCAACGUUAAUUUUAACAAUGGCCUGCAAAAUUCCUUUCUUGUAAAUGUCAACGUCACCGAGGAAGGAACAGGUGUUGUCAUGUCAAAAUCCACAACGGUGUCCAUUACAUUUGAAGUUGGCAAGGUCACAUUUGUGGAUCUCCCAAAGUUCUAUGAUUAUGGGUCGAUGGUGAACGGAAAGAUCUCAGUGUCUGAUUUUAGUGGAAACGCAAUCAGUAACAAGGUAGUCUAUCUGCUGGACCGCAGCCGAUGGCCCAACAGAGUGCUGUUCAAUGUGACCACAGAUGAAAGCGGAUUUGCAGAGUUCUCCCUCAACACCACUAGUUUUCCUAAAGCUGAUCUGAACCUUGUGGCAAGUGCAACUCGGCAGACUUAUCAUGAUUCCAAUUCGCCGUACUUCUCUACAGAUGCACAGGUGGUUCAGCUUUCCCAAGCUGCUGCUCCUGACAACCCAACCUUUAGUGAUCUGUCUAUAGUGAAGCUUGAGCAGCCUCUGAAGUGUGGCACCGCUUAUCCAGUGACUGUCAAGUAUUCAUUUGUUGGAGAGACUGGCGACUACAGUGCUGACAUCAUCUAUAUGGUCAUGUCCAGGGGAGUGAUCGUUCUCCAUGGGUUUAAAACGGUUCAAGCUCUGGCUUCUGAUACCCUCUCAAAGGGCACAGUGACAUUUGAUCUCUCCGUUCUUGCUGGUAUGUCUCCAGUGGUGCAGAUUCUGGUCUUCUGUGUUCUGCCCAGUCGGACUGUAGUGACUGGUAGUGCAUCCUUUGACACGGAGAAGUGUUUCUCAAACAAGGUUUCUCUGGAGUUCUCUCCUGCUACAGCUGUUCCCGGUGAGGGAAAUAUUUUGACCGUCUCUGCUCAAGCAGGAUCUCUGUGUGGCCUCAGUGCUGUAGAUCAGAGUGUCCUGAUCAUGCAGUCAGGAGGACGUCUGAGCGCAGAGGCGAUGUUUAGUUUGCUCCCGGUGCGAUCCCUACAUGAUUAUCCACCUGGUGUUGAAGAUCAACAGGACUGCCUGAAUUUUCGACCCCUUCGAGCUGUUCCUACAGAUCAAGCUUAUAACACCUUUAAGAGUGUGGGGAUCAAGAUUGCAACAAAUCUGCUGGUUCGAGAACCUCCGUGUCUGACAUACAGAGGGCAGAACUACUAUAGCAACUUCCAGGCUGUUCCUCUUUCUGGUGUAGCAGGUUUUGCUAUGGCUGAAAAUAUUGCUGCACCUGCAGUAUUGACAGCACAUGUUGGAGGUGAUGGCAGUUCCUCUGCUAUUGAUGUGACCAUCAGGACUUUCUUUCCAGAAACGUGGAUCUGGCAGCUUGCUCAAGUAGGAGACUCUGGAUCAACAUCAGUUCCCCUCACAGUUCCUGAUACUAUCACUACAUGGGACACCGAGGCCUUCUGCCUGUCCUCCAGUGGAUUUGGUUUGGCUCCACCAGUUCUGCUCACUGCCUUCCAGCCUUUCUUCCUAGAGCUCACCCUGCCUUACUCCAUAAUCCGUGGGGAGGUUUUUGAGCUGAAGGCCACAGUCUUCAACUAUCUGUCCCAAUGCAUCAAGGUUCAAGUGACUCCAACACCAUCCUCCAACUACACUCUUACAUCCCUUAAUGAUCACCAUUCAUCCACUCUCUCUGCCAAUGGGAGAAAGACCUUCAAAUGGGAUUUAACUGCUUCUGUUCUUGGAACUUUAAAUGUGACUAUCAGUGCUGAGGCCAGUCCAUCCCAGGAAUUGUGCGACAAUGACAUUGUAACUGUACCAUCAAGAGGACGCAUUGAUGUAGUCACUCGAAGUCUGCUUGUUUUAGCUGAAGGAGUCAAAAGGACCUUCACACGGAGUUGGUUACUCUGUCCAAAGGGAAGCGUGCUUUUAGAGAAUGUGAAGAUCACAUUUCCGACAAACGUCAUCAAGGGAUCUGCCAGAUGCUCCGUAUCAGUCAUUGGGGACAUAAUGGGUCGCUCAAUGAGGAAUCUGGCUAACUUGUUACAGAUGCCUUAUGGCUGCGGAGAACAGAAUAUGAUUAUUCUUGGUCCCAAUAUUUACAUCCUACGAUAUCUGACACUAACUGCUCAGCUCACCCCGGCCAUCCAAAGCACUGCCAUGAAUUACCUUCAGAGUGGAUAUCAAGGAGAGCUGAACUACAGGCACCGCGACGGUUCAUUCAGCACUUUUGGUUAUGAUCCAUCCAAUACAUGGUUGACCGCUUUUGUCAUGAGGACUUUUGGCCAAGCAAGGAACUUCACCUACAUAGAUCCCAAUGUUCUUAAGAGUGCAAAGGACUGGUUGAUUAGCACGCAGGGUUCAGAUGGCUGUUUUGUGCAGCAGGGCACUCUGUACCACAAUGACAUGAAGGGUGGAGUUGAUGAUAACGUGACCAUGACUGGCUAUGUUGUUGCAUCACUGCUUGAAAUAGGAGUCCCUGUCAUGGAUCCUGUCAUUACUAAAGCUCUGUCAUUUUUGAGGCCUCUAGUUGGGAAUCUGGGAAACACUUAUGUAACUGCUCUGCUCGCCUACACCUUCAGUCUGGCUGGAGAGACCAACACUCGAGCACAGCUUUUAAAUGCCCUGAAAAAUAUAGCAAUUUCUGAAGGUACUACUCUCCACUGGUCUCAGACUACAUCUGGGGAUACUCUGGCAGUAGAGAUCAGUGCAUAUGUGCUGUUAGCAGUUCUUUCUGUACAUCCUGUGACCACUGCUAAUCUGGGCUAUGCUAACCGCAUUGUCAACUGGCUCGUGGCCCAGCAGAAUCCUUAUGGUGGCUUCACUUCUACUCAGGACACAGUGGUGGCUCUUCAGGCCUUGGCUCUGUAUGCAGCUCAUGUGUUCAGCCCUGGAGGCUCCAGCACGGUUACAUUUCAGUCCUCAGUGCCAGCAGGAGACGUUUUCCACUUUGCAGUUACUCCCAACAACCGCUUGCUGUAUCAGGAGAGUCCACUGAAGAACUUUCCAGGCACAUAUAGGGUUGAAGCAACCGGAUCUGCCUGUGCUUCUGCGCAGGUUGCAUGUUUCUACAACAUCCCGACUCCUCCUGUUAGAUUUUCCAAAACACUAAGUGUUGUUGCAAAGGUGACUGGAGUCUGCCAAGCUGUACCAGUUAACCUUAUGUUGACCUUCACAGUGAAGUAUACUGGUCCAAAGCCAACUACUAACAUGGUUCUGGUUGACAUCAAGCUCUUGUCAGGAUUCACUGCAGACACCUCACUGCUUGGAUCUCCACCUAAUUUCACUCCAUUCGUGCAGAGGGUUGAUACUGAAGGUGAUCAUGUCCUUGUCUAUCUGCAACAGGUUCCCAAAGGUGUUCCAGUGACCUUCAGUAUACAGCUGACACAGACUGUUGCAGUGAAGAAUCUCAAGCCAGCUGUCAUUAAUAUUUAUGACUAUUAUCAGAGAAGUGACCGUUUUGAGACUAAAUACACAUCCUCCUGUCCAUGAUGGUGUUUCAGUUCUGACUGCUAAAUGCAU